AAAAAGAGUGGGACGAAAAAGAGAGAGAGAAACAGAAGCAAUGGUAGGUUGGAGGAGUAGCGAAGAUUGAGGAGGAAGGAAGUGUAUAUGGAUGGUGGAGGUACACUCGUUGAUGGCAUUCAUCGAUUCUUUCAUCGUACCACUUCUAUUAACUCACUUCAUCACCACAACAACAAUGAUCUUCUUAAUUCAAACAACCUUAACAAUGCUAACAACAACAACCCCUCUCCAUUGAAUCUUUCUCAAAGUUCCUUACACAUUCCCAUUUCAUACUUUCUUCUAUGGAUCGAAACAAAAAGGGUGCAGGAGAGGUAGAAUUUUUUACCGAGUAUGGAGAGGCAAAUCGGUACCAAGUCCAAGAAGUUGUUGGGAAAGGAAGUUACGGUGUUGUGGUUUCUGCCGUGGAUACUAUUACUGGGGAAAAAGUUGCAAUUAAGAAAAUCAAUGAAGUUUUUGAGCAUGUAUCGGAUGCCACACGGAUACUAAGAGAAAUUAAACUUCUUCGUUUGCUACGACAUCCUGAUAUAGUAGAAAUUAAACAUAUAAUGCUUCCACCUUCACGAAGAGAGUUCAAGGAUGUCUAUGUUGUGUUUGAGUUAAUGGAAUCUGACCUUCAUCAAGUAAUUAAAGCAAACGAUGAUCUUACUCCCGAGCACUAUCAAUUUUUCUUGUACCAGCUUCUUCGGGGCCUGAAAUAUACACAUACAGCCAAUGUGUUUCAUCGUGAUUUGAAGCCAAAAAAUAUUCUAGCUAAUGCUGAUUGCAAAUUAAAAAUAUGUGAUUUUGGGCUUGCUCGAGUUUCAUUUAAUGAUGCUCCGUCAGCUAUAUUCUGGACUGACUAUGUUGCGACUCGGUGGUAUCGUGCACCUGAACUAUGUGGUUCUUUUUUCUCAAAAUAUACUCCAGCAAUUGAUAUUUGGAGCAUUGGAUGCAUAUUUGCAGAAAUGCUUAGUGGCAAACCAUUGUUUCCUGGGAAGAAUGUAGUGCACCAAUUGGAUCUCAUGACUGACUUGCUUGGUACUCCUCCUGCUGAAUCCAUUUCGAGGAUUCGAAAUGAGAAGGCUAGAAGGUACCUUAGUAGCAUGAGGAAAAAGCAACCAGUUCCAUUCUCCAAAAAAUUUCCAAAUGUAGAUCCAUUGGCUCUUAAUUUGCUGGAGCGUUUACUCGCUUUUGAUCCUAAAGACCGUCCAUCAGCUGAAGAGGCACUAUCUGAUCCUUAUUUUCAUGGUUUGUCAAAUGUGGACCGUGAACCAUCCACUCAACCCAUUUCGAAGCUCGAGUUUGAAUUUGAGAGAAGAAAAUUGACCAAAGAUGAUGUUCGAGAAUUGAUAUAUCGAGAGAUUUUAGAGUAUCAUCCCCAGAUGCUCCAAGAAUAUCUUAGUGGUGGAGAUCAAACAAGCUUCAUGUAUCCGAGUGGGGUUGACCGGUUCAAGCGACAGUUUGCACAUCUUGAGGAACAUUAUGGGAAAGGUGAAAAAGGCUCUCCAUUGUUGAGACAACAUGCCUCCUUACCUAGAGAGCGGGUUCCUGCUCCGAAAGAUGAAAAUAAUCAAAAUAAUGAUUGUGAACACCCGACCGGAUCAAAUCUUCACAGCCCAUCAGGCGUAGCAAAUUCUGGUGACCAAAACGGACCAUCAAACAACACGUCACGUUGUCUGUUGAAGAGUGCCAGCAUUAGCGGUUCGAAAUGUAUAGAUGUCAAAAAAAGUAAAGAUCCUGAGGAGGAGCCAAUUCCAGAGGUCAAUGAUGAAGCGGUGGACGAGUUGUCGGAGAAGGUUGCUGCUCUCCUUGCUUAGUUCAAGUUUUGAUUCAUUAUUUUGAUCCAACAAUGUUCAUUGAGGCUGUAAAGACCUAAUUCAAUCCAUGUUAUUUUCCACAAGAGAAAAAAAAAUUGUUGUUGCAUAGAAAUCCUACAAUUUUUUCUUAGAAGAUAAAUGUAGGACUACAUUGAUAUAAGCUACCAUUUUGUAUCAUUCACCACAAGAAGUCAUGUAAGUAUGUAUUUGUGUAAUAGUACUCAUUUCAUUACUACACCACAAUGUAUAUUAAUAGUCAAAUAUUUUUAUUCUCAGACCUCAAGUAGGGAUGAUCCAGUUGCAGAUGUUAGUGAAAAAUCUUGCUCUGCAUUAAAGUAAUUUUUUCUAAAAAUUGGUUUGUAAAUAUAUUACUACUAUUUUUUUUAUAUAAAUUAAUAACAUCUA